GUCUCACCAGUGCUGAGUUCAGGGGGAUGAUUACCUCCCUGCUCCUGCUGGCCACCGUUUCUAAUGUUCCUGGAUGCCAUUGCCCCUCUUGGUCACCUGGGCACACAAGAUGGACUGAUUAGCAGAGCUUAAAACUAAUUUUGAUGGGAGAAAGGGAUGGAAUUCUGCAUGAGAGCGAAGGCUGGUAAUAUUGUCACUUCAGAAAACAGCAGGGAAAAGCCUUUUAGAUUGUUCCAAAAGAAUUAGAGAGGGCUCCUCUAUGAAGGUAAUGGGCCAGUAGCCCAGCUGAAGUGGCACUGCACCAAUCGAUGUACCACUGGAAAUAGGCUGGAGUUGGAAACCAUUGUGCAAUUAGAACACUGUUACCUAAGCAUGCUGUACCCUAAUACUUCUUUGCAUUGCCCUUCUGUUCCUUUCUUCCAGAGCUUACUGUGCCAUCUCCUUUCUUCUUCUAAAUGGGAAAGAAAUGAGGCUGAAACCAGUACAUUCAUAUCAGCUCUUGGCUACACAUCAGCGGACUAUUAUUGUCACCUGGUUGAAAAUAUUGUCUCCUCAUUAGUAACAGAACUCAGGGGAAAUCAAUUUAAUGAACUUAACAUUCAGGGGAGAAUUUCUGUCAGUCAUGUGAAUGCUGUGUCCCUUUUCUGUAUCCCACUAAUUACUUUGCCUGAUUUAACUCCAUUGCUGGAAACUCUUCUUGAUUACCAUGGAGGAGCAUCAAAAGAAAUUCUCAGCUCAGAGUUCUUGGAAGCUGUGAAUGAUGCCCUUUUAAAGAAGAAGAUCUCCCUUUCUGAAGCAGCUAUAUUCAGCCUCUGGCAUCGUCACUUACCAAGCCUUGAAAGUGCUACAUUAAAUCUUUUAGACCAGCUGAUAUCCCUUCAGAUAAAUUCUUUGGAAAAAGUGGCCUGUGUCAUAAAAGAUUCACUUCUGAUACAAGCUGCAAGCCACCCUGCCAUUUUUAGAAUUGUUAAUGAAAUCUUCAAGAAUGUGCUGUUGGAAACUGAUGGAGCUCCUGAAGUUAUGACCAUAAUACAAGUAUUUAUGCAGCUCUUCAUUCAGGUUCAGCAGAAUGAAAACAAGCAGCAUAAAUUUCCUCUGAAGGCCUACUUCCCUCACCACCAGCAGCCUCUUGUAAUAGCUUUACUCAGACGCCCUUUUGAAUUGCCAUCUACACACUGGCUGCAGCAUUUGAAACACAUUUCGGAUAUGCUCAAGUCUAUAGUAGAAGAUACAAACAUUAGCUCUUUUGCUGACCUUUAUGAAAUCUGGUUUUUGGUUGCUUGUUUUGGAGAAUGGCUGGAUAUUGCAGCAGAACAAUUAAUGAAAGGAGCUGUAGCCCCAGAUGCUUUGCUGUGGCUGUUGGCUUUUUACUACUGUCCUGAGAAUGAAAACCAACAAAGGACUCAAACAAUGGUAGAAUCUCGAGCAGUCUACAGUCAUCUAAUGAUGUUCUACAACCGUACUGUCCUUUCAUUUGGAGAGCUGCAGGCUUCUGUAAACAAUAUAGCAGAUACAGAACAAUAUCAUACCCAGUGUCUAGUAACACAUCUUCUUACCAACUUUUUACUCUUUUCUUCUGGAGGACACAUGAUUGCACAGGAAUUUAUUUCCCAUAUUACUGAGACAACUGACAUGAGCAAGGAAGUUUGUACCCUUCUUAUCCGUACUGCAUACAGAAUUAAACAUAAUGGAGGAGAAAACCAAAGGACUGUGAAGCUGUUGAAUGAACUUCUUCAGAAACUAGCAUUGAAAGUUUAGAUUUUCAAUGUUGUCUCUAUCCAGUCAAUAAAUUAGAUCUUCAUUCAGGUGUCUGCCUUUCAUGAAAGUCUUGCACUGCAGAUUAGCAAGGGUAGAAGAAAAAUCUCUUUCUUGAGGAUAUCCCGUAACUUUUUCUUCCCCUGCACUGUUUAGAAAUGUAAACUGUGAGGACAAAACAGAAUUAAAGAGGGUUUAAAACUUUGUUCUGAGCUCCCUCUUUUACAAAAGACCUAUGUCAUUUAAAGCAGUUUACUCAUCUCCUUGUUUAUCUGGCUGUGGACCAGUUUUUCUCCCAAAUUACUCAUGGCUUUAUGAGCAAUUUUAUCCAAUUGUUUGGUUGGUAAGUUGUUUCUAAAAUGUUUUGUUCUAUAAUUCUGCUUUUGUGUGGCUAAUGAUGAUCUCAAGCGAGAGUUAAUGAUUCAUGGUGAGUGCACUCCAUGUUCUCAGGAAAUCAACAGUGUUUCCUGAACUUGUUAAUUCUUUUUGAAAACAUUUCCAAAAUAAAGCUCCUUUCAUGUUUGUUAUAUGAUUAUUUAACACUGCUGCAGCUUUCACAGAACAACGUUCUCUGCAAUGUACAAUGCCAAUAGCUGGUCUCCAUUAGCAGAUGUGGCACAGAAGUUUCUGUCAGCCUAUUUUCUGUGAGGAAAUCUUUUUUUUCAUGCAGACAAAAUAGGGCAAGUUAUAGUUAGAAGGAAACUCCUUCUUUUCUCUCAUAUCUCCAGAGAUAUGGUUUUUUUGCUUACUUCUUUCUUUGUCUAAUGAGAAGAGCAUGGACAAGGAGCGGUGCCUUCUUGUUUUAUCCAAGAAGUUUUGUUCGCUUAUUUCUAGCUUAAUUAAAUAAAAUAAGCACGAAGAAUAGUAACAGUAGAGCAUCUUAACUGAUUUCACAGUAUCACACAAUUGCAGGAGUUGGAAGGGUCAUGUAUUACCUAGCUAGCUUUUAUAUCAUCAUUUACUCUGUGCUAAAAGAUACCACUUGAAAUCCCUAUAGGUCCCUUCCAAUGCAAAAUAUUCUGUGAUUCUGUGAAAAAGCAUUCUUGCAUAUGACAUCAAAAGUGUGUAUCUUAAAUUAGUACAGUUUUAUGCAUGUGACAUUUGUUUUUGAGCAAGGGAGAAGAAAAGUGAUGUUCUUAGUUUUCCUUGGCUAGAAGAAGUGGAAGGACAUUUUCUGUUAACUGUUGACUGAUUACUUAAAAUUUUGUUCCUAAUGAGUCACAUCAGACUGAAUUACAGAAGUUACGUGCCCUAUUGGCAAAUUUGUUAAUCUAUUUGUGAUGUUUGACUCUAGCUUAUGAAAAAAUAGUAAAAAAUAUGUCUGUGAA